GGCGGCUUCUCACUGGUCAGCCUGUGGCAGUUUGAAUUUGGUGGCGGCGGUCGCACGUCCGGUUAGCCCCGGAGCCUCUCUCUCUCAGCUGAAGCAGCCAGGUUUUUCUCAGCCCCUGUUUCGGGACCCACAGCCUCCAUCGAAGCGCCAUGGCUCCGGCUAGGAAGGGCGGCAGUCGGGUGACCAAGACCAGCUCGGUACGGAGCCGAAAGCUCGCCUCUUUUCUUAAGGACUUCGACCGUGAAGUGCAAAUACGAUCCAAGCAGAUUCAGUCAGACAGGCAGAACCUCCUCAAGGAGAUGGAUAACUUGUACAACAUCGAGAUCCUGCGACUCCCCAAGGCGCUGCGCGAGAUGAACUGGCUCGACUACUUCGCCCUUGGAGGAAACAAGCGGGCGCUGGAGGAAGCAGCUACAGCUGACCUGGAUAUCACAGAAAUAAACAAACUAACAGCAGAAGCUGUUCAGACACCCCUGAAAUCCGCCAAAACACGAAAGGUGAUGCAAGUGGAUGACAUGAUAAUGGAAGAAGAAGAGGAAGAAAAUAAAAAUAAGAAUCCUCAAACUGCAAGAGUUAAAAGGUGUCCUCCAUCCAAGAAGAGAACCCAGUCUAUACAAGGAAAAGGCAAAAGUAAAAGGUCAAACCAUUGUGCCACUGUUACCCCAGCUGUGGGCCGACUGGAGUUGUCUAUGGUGAAACCAACUCCGGGCCUGACACCCCGGUUUGACUCAAGGGUCUUCAAGACCCCAGGCCUGCGCACUCCAGCAGCCAGAGAGCGGAUUUACAAUGUCUCUGUAAAUGGCAGUCCUCUUGCUGACAGCAAAGAGAUAUUCCUCACCGUGCCAGUGGGAGGCGGAGAGAGCAUGCGGUUAUUGGCCAGUGACUUGCAGAGGAUUGAUAUCGCACAGCUGGAUCCAGAGGCCUUGGGAAACAUUAAGAAGCUCUCUAGCCGUCUUGCUCAAAUCUGCAGCAGCAUACGGACUCACAAAUGAGGCUGCUAUUCCAAGAAGCCAGAUUUCACAGGAUGGACCUUCAAUGGGCACUUCUGGGACCCUGAAGAUACCUCUUCCCUUCGGCUUAUUGUCUGUUUGAACGUGAAGUUCCAGAGCAGGGAGAAGCGUUCCUCUUGGAGAAUUCAGGAAGCGUUGCUAUUGGCACCUCCCAACCCAGAUGACAGACACUGCCUCUGUGUCCAUACAGUCCAAACCUCCUGCCGUUCUCCCAGCUGAAUUCUCCUUCCUGCUCUCAGCUGCCGCCUCUGCCUGCCGUAGCUCCACGUCCUCUCCGCCCUGCCCUAACUCCAGCUGAGGCUGCACAGGGGAGCCUCCUGUUCUCGGGAAGACUGCCAACUUGCCCUCACCGGGGAGCCCGCUCCAGCUGGCGUUCCCGCCCUGUGCGUGCUUGGGGCUGGGAGCUAGGCUCAGAGAAGUGAGCUCCGUGAGAGGGCGGCUCCAGGAGCUGGGGGGGCCUGUGCAGAUGGGGCCAGGACCUGUCACAGCAGUGACCACAGGAGGAAACAUCUCCCCUCCUGCGCACAUCCCCUCCCUCCUGUGGUGGGUACUGACAGGGCUCUGCAAUCUUAACACCUGCCAUGCCCAGUAGUUUGGUUUCAAGCUGACUUGUAGACUAGUAUUUUGUAUUAUCCCUGUUUACCAAAGACCAAAACUUGGUUUGUGGGCAGUUUCCAUGUCUUACUCCUCUACCUCUCUGGUUAGUCCAGUUAGUGGGAAUCUGGAUAAGGGAGCUGUAGGGUUUAGGUUAAUCAGGGGUUUUUACAUGACUGGCCGCAGAGGAACUCUAAGCUGUCCGUGGCCCUGUGGUCCCCACCAGGCCUGUAGACUGCAGAGAGCACUUCUGUCUUCUGAGGUUCAUGGGGGAGUGGGCGUAGCUUGCCUGGUGGCCUCAUUCCUCACGUUUGGCCUCUGCCCCGGCGUGGGCUGUCACAUGGGCACUGAGAUCCCUGCGCUCCAGCCAGCACCUGUGCCCCAAAGAAUCAUUAGAUGUGGUUUGAGAACGUGGGAGCUGAGAGUCCCCACCCCAAGCCUGAGAGCACAGUGUUCUGUGAAUGGCUCUUUGUUGUACUCUAUUAUUUUCCUACAUGACCAUUCUAGUCCAGUCCUGUUCAAGAUGUGUUCUUUUCAAGUUGUUUUAUUCUCCCUUUCCUGAGACUUUUGUACAUACUGUUUUCCUGAGUCAUGGUAUCUGUAAGCUGAUUUAUUCUAAUCAGAGCUACUGAAAGGUACCUGUUUUCAAUAAAUUGUGGAUUUGUUUUUAA